AUGUCAGCAGCAAGCGGAACAGCAAAUACUAAUACUCCACAAGCGACACCAUCAAGUGAACGUCAAUCAGCUGCAGCAGCAUCGGCUUCUGCUUCGGCACCGUCCUCGUCUCGAUGGAUUUUCACCCACGAACAACUGAUGAGGGUCCCGAGCAUUCGAGAAGGCAUGUCACCGGAAGAAGAAUUAAAAAGGCGGCGUGUAUCAGCUAGUACAAUCCAUCAAAUGGCUGACAGGCUAAAUCACGAAUCUCGAGUGCGAAUAUCUCAACUAUGUAUUUGUGCUGCAAUGAUGCAUAUGCAUCGAUUCUUCGUCUUUCAUUCCUUCUUCAAGUUCGAUCCACGGGAUAUUGCUGCUGCAUGUUUGUUUUUGGCGGGUAAAUCGGAGGAAUGUCCCCGAAAACUGGAUCACGUUGUGCGUAUAUGGUGGGCCAUCAAAUUUCCGCAUUCACCAAAUUUGGACAAUAAUCGUCUUCAUGAGGCAUCGCAACUGAUUGUCACGUUGGAAAAUCUCGUCCUGCAAACAAUUGGCAAGUUUUGCUCUUUGUUUGGAAUAGCAACGAAGCAAUCAUAUUUUGUUGUUUGCCUACUCAAAUGUCGCACAUUCGAUUUGUCAGUGGACAUACCGCAUCCAUACGUCCUGACGCACAUGCAAAAAUUUGCACGAGAUGCUUCGGGAAACAGAAGAAUAUCGGAAAUAGCUUAUUGGUUUGCAAGUGACAUGCUCCAUAUGACAAAUUGGGGAGUACGUUAUACGGCAAAAGCGAUUGCGUGUGUUUGCAUCCAAAUGGCAUGUCUCUGGGCAGAAUUUGAAGUAACUGCUGUAUGCACAAAGCCAGCAGCGAAAACAUUGCCUUGCCCAUACAUUUUAAAUUUAGAGUUUUGA